CGGGGCCUUACAGAACUCACCCUCUGGGUCAUGCUGUCGGACAUUGUCAUCAUAAAGUUCUGGCUCUCUCUAGCAACAAUGAACGCAAGGCCCGCUACAUGAUUAGCCACGAAUCAUGGAUUUCUGCAAAUGCGUGCCAUAUCGCCUUUACGCUACUAUUAACGCCAUGCUGCUGUUCCAAAGGCGCUCUACGCAUGUCCGUUGUUUGUGGCUUGAUCCUCAUGGAUGUCUUCGUGUCGCAUUUAUUCAUGAGUCCAGAUCAAAACUUGCCGCAUUGAAGCUGUGUUGCGGUCAUUUCCUUCAUCCAUGCAUGAGGACUUCCGGCGGCUAGGAGGAUGCUAUAAACAGGCUACCCACACUGCAAUUCUUUCCUCAACUCAUUCUGCCACCGCGAUGUACCGCUUUCCUUCAAUUGUGCUUUACAUUCUCUCAUGCAUGUGUCUCAUCACUUCGGCCAUCUCUGCUCCAGUCGCAGCUGCGAUCAGCCCAUCCUUGAUUUGUUAUCAAAAUGCCACCGUCAUCUGGAAAUCCUUAAUUUUCUUCGCCAUGAAUUACGUUGCACACGCAGCGUCUGUGCCCACCUCUGCAGAGGUCGGCAGAUAUACAAGACAUGUCACUUUGCAGCGGCAUUUUCCGUGGGCAAGCAUAAUUUGUCUUUUUCUUCCAUUCGGCGGGUUGGCGAGAGCAAUUCUCGUGACUGCCCAACAACUCAGGUGGAACGGAGAUGACAUCCGUGCUGCUCUUGCUCAUGGAGCAUUGCUCGUUGUCGCGCGUACUGAGAGGUGGACACCGCUACGGGGGGUCACAGAAACUGUCUUUGUUAGACUUCCAGAAGAUCUUUGGAGCAGUAACAAAGUCUACGCAUUUUUCGAGCUGGAGACGGAAGACGAAGCUCACUGGGAGAUCGAUCACCACGACCAUGCCGUAUACGGCGAUGUGAGCUUGCCGGAAGGCUACACCCUAGCAGCUCCCGCCAACAAGUCAUUCACCGAAAAUAUUAUACGUGAAUCACUGGAAGAUACUGGAACUGCUGUCAUACCUCGUUCACAAAGCUUGCUCAAAAUGGUCGCUUCUCUCAUCCAGAUCGUCUCCGCCUCAAUCACUCUAUACUUGUCAUCUGGAAAUCAGCUUGCACGAUGGGGUUAUGCGGCGUACGGGUUAACCGUAUUCCCUUAUGCCCUGAUGUCCUUCAUGAAAAUGAUAUAUGCACGUUUAGUGGGGGACUACAACUGCGGGCAUGUUCUGAGGACGCCGAUUUUGGAGGAAGCGGAGAGGCGAGAAGGGGGCUUCCCGGUAUCAAUCCGUGACCUCAAAGCGUUCGCCCAUUCAGGCUACGUCCCGGCAGAGCUCUUGCUGAAGGACGCAAACCCUGACACCGGAGAGCCUGCCAUACUCCUCAUCAACACAGAAGAGUUCGAGGAUAAGGAGCUCAAGUUCAGUUCAUGUCCUAUACACGAUGCCCACAAGAUACUCAUCAGCCCAAUCACUCACAACGGUCCUGCACCGGAGGACAAGCUUCAGGAGUGCCGCUCUCUACCUUGGUGGGAGACAGCGAGCAUCGUCACAGCCUUCCUCAUUGUCAUGAUUCUCCCAUACAUCCUCAUCUAUUCCCUAACUGGCUUCCAAGCGGCGGCAAGCACGGUGGCAGAACGGGCGUGGAUGACCGCCUGGCUAUCUGCCAACCAGGCGUCGUUGGAAGGGGGUGUGAUACCCAAGGAAGUGCAAGCUCUUUGCGUGGCGGCCCUAUGCGCACCUGCUAUUGGCGGAAUGGUUAUGGUGUUCGGGAUGUUUUUGGAAGGGAACGGGUUCGGAGUGUGUCCGUCUACGUGCGGACAUUAACAUGUCUUCCUUACGCCCUUCGGUAACUUGUUGACGAGGAAAAUGAUGGUGGUAGCUACGU